AUGCAUUCUUUUCAAACUUUGUCGUCAGACUCGGGGACACAAACAUCAACUGUCUUUAAAGACGAUGAUGACCUGAAAACUAGGCUUUUAGUUGCUUCCCCUGUACCUUCGUUCCCGUCUUACAUUCCUGUCAGCACGUCUAAAACUAAACUAUCAUCUCGGCCUGUUAACCGGGAACCAGUUGGGAAACAAACUAAUUUCAACUCUAGCCAUUCAGGUAAUACUGAAUCUGCUCCUUCAUCUGCCUCAGAUUCUCCAUCAAGUCAAUUUCAAAGGCACAAACAGACCCCGAGUUUUAGCGAAUCUGCUAUGACAGCAUCUGUAUCUAUUAGAAACCGUGGGUUUUCGUUGUCCCUUGAAAAUUCUAAAGGUUCUGCUAUCCCACACAGGGUUUCUAAGCAGUCAGAAUCCGAACAAAAUGAGUCUUCGAACUCUUCUAAUAAACAACAGAUGGUCUUUGGAUCACCAUCGAGCACAGCAUUAACAUCUUCUCUAAAUUCGAAAAAGCAUUCACCCUCUUCCUCCUUCACUUCACCUUUAUCCAAGGAAUCAAGCUCUUUUGCGACAAAACAACAACAGUUUUCUCCAAAUCGCCACCCAGAGGUUAAAAAUCAAGCUAAUGGUUGGACCUCGGUCAAUAAUUCAAAAAAUAAUACUCCUAAAACUCAUUUGUCUAAUCAAAGUCCUGGAUUUUCGAGCUCUUCUAUUACAGCCCCCACGUUUUCGACACUUUCAAAAAUCAAAAAACCUGCACUGAACCCUUCUAUGUCCUCGACAUCUAUCUCCUCCACAACAGUAAAAUUGGCAGCUAAUACACAUCAAAAAACACAACAGGCCACCACUCAACCAAGCAUCAUAACAAACCCUGUUACACGUACAAGACCUAUCAACGCUUCUAACGAGGCUAUUAGACGAUCUGUGCCUCUUCUUCGAUCAUCAAACUCGUUUUCAAAUUUAAUUUCUGAUUAUGAAAAUAUGGACUUUUCGGAAAACACUAGCAACUUUGGAAAUAGCCACGUUCAGGCCAUGACUAAAGCUACAAAACCUCAGCCCCAAGUACACCCGCAUUCUCAAACUAAUAACAACACCAAUAUGAGCACCAAUAAUUUACAACAAACAACGCAUUUUCGCCAAGAGCCAUCUUUGCGGACAACUUCAAACUUGACAGAUUCAAAGUUUUCACGAAACAGUAGCAGCAUAGACCUUCAGUAUAUAAUACCACGUAUCGAUAACACAGCUUCGCUAACAAGUAUGGACCCUCCGUUAACAUAUUCUCACCGCUUUUCUCAACCAUCCUCGACAAAUCCUUCACCAACCACUUCAUCUUUUUCUUUAUCAUCAGCUUCUAUUGCAACCAAUAGUAGUGGAACCAAAAGCAAUCGCCUAUCUGCUGGACCUGGAACUCUUUUUUCCCCAAAGCCCCGGACUAGAAGUUCUGGCUCUCCUGAGCCUUAUAUCAACAACAACGAUGAGAUUCCACCUGUUCCGCCUCUUCCUGAAGAGUUAUUUAUUGGUCAAUAUUCAAUGAAUCAUUCAAGGUUUCGGGACAAGUCUAUCAUGGCUGCAGCUAAUGAUUCAUUUUCAUCCCCUGUUGAUACACUACCAUCUUUACAAAUUCAGGGGGUUCAAAAUGGUCCUUAUCCUUCUUCAAACAAAACUAAGCUUCAAAAUAGACGGUCAAUUUAUGGGGAUUUUGGAAUUUCUGGUGAUGAUAAACGAGAUUUAAGCGUACCAAUGAUUUCUGAUUUUUCAAUAUCACAAAGCCCUAUAAAAACAUCGAGUUAUCAACAGUAUCAACAAAACGCAAAAAAUAUACCUCAGCAUCCCUAUCAGCAGUCUAAACAACGCCCGUUACAUAAUUAUCGCAGUGUUGAUAACUUAAUUUCUACAAGAGAUGUCAAUAGCCAUAAACGAAUGUCAGCUUACGCAUCGUCUUUUCAGUCGCACCGUGCUAGUCGAGAAGUUACACAGGCUUUAUCAGAAUUUAAUGGCCCAAGCUCAAGUGCUCAUAGUUUUGAUAAACCAAUUUCAACAUUGAACCUUGGGUUGAAAGGACAAAGGAGGAGUGAACUCACUCAAUCGGAAUAUGAUGUAUUCCAACGAGACGAAGCACUUGAAAAACAGCGUCAGCAUCAAAAGCUACACCAAGGAUAUCUGAAUUCUCAUCAUCAACAAUUACACGAAAGACUGGAGCAAGAAAGACGCUUACAAGAAGCUCGUGAAAUUUAUGAGAAACAUUCCCACGAAUCAAAACUGGAGUCUAGUCAUAGCGAACAUCAAAAACAUGAAAAAAAUCGUCGAGUUUCUUAUCUUCAACAAACUUGUGAAAAACAACAAUCCGAAUUAAAUCAGUGCGAACAGCAUAAGCGUCAUAAGUUACAGUACGACCUGCAACAAAGCGAACAAUCGCACUUUGAGAAACAAAGCGAUCGACAACUGUGUGAGAAACAACUGCAUGAGAAACAACUGCAUGAGAAACAACUGCAUGAGAAACAACUACAUGAGCAACAGCAGCAACAGCAGCAACAGCAGCAACAGCAGCAACAACAGCAACAGCAGCAACAGCAGCAACAGCAGCAACAGCAACAACAGCAGCAACAGCAGCAACAGCAGCAACAGCAACAACAGCAACAACAGCAACAACAGCAGCAACAGCAACAGCAACAGCAACAGCAACAGCAGCAACAGCAGCAACAGCAGCAACAGCAGCAACAGCAGCAACAGCAGCAACAGCAGCAACAGCAGCAACAGCAGCAACAGCAGCAACAGCAGCAACAGCAGCAACAGCAGCAACAGCAACAACAGCAGCAACAGCAACAGCAACAGCAACAGCAACAGCAACAGCAACAGCAGCAGCAGCAACGUGAGAGACUACAGCGCGAGCAGUUACAGCUUGAGCAACUUCAGCUUGAACAGAAACAAUAUGAGCGUCAGCGUGAGCAGCAACAACGUGAGCGGUAUCGUGAGCGGCAACAACUGCAAGAGAAACAACAACAGGAGCUGCAAAUUGAUCGUAAUGUUAAGUAUGACCAACUUAUACCACAAUUGCAAUAUUCUGAAAAGAAAAAUUUGCCCGACAACUUAAUUUCUCAAAAUAAUUUACGUUUGACAACAUCCCGUCAAGACAUGGAAUCUUUCACACUUUUACAGCAUUCUGCUAGUGGCGAACCUAGUGAAUCUUCAUACCAGAAUAUAAAGCCUGAACUUACAAAACGUCGUUCUUCGCUCCUUCAGCAAUUUGGCAACCUAACUAUUUCAAAUUCGUUUGCAUCUGGUCUUUCUAAAGCAUUAGAUCUUGAUUUUGAAACGGAAUCCAAAAAUUCAAUUGAUUCAACAACCACCAAGCCGCCGCUGGAAUCUACACCAGUAUCUCUUCCUACACCACCUUUUGCAUCUUCUUUGAUUUCGACAUCUUCUGAAUUAACAUCGAACCCUAAUGUGGAAAAUGUUUCGUCCUUGGAUCCCCGUCAAUUGACAAAUUCUCGUUUUUUAUCUUCAUCUUUAUCAAAAAUAUCUUAUGAAACACCUAGAAUUUUAAUGAAUGAAGCUGAAGAUAAAUUAAACAUAACAAGACAAUCACAAAAACAAUCACCAAGUAAAAUUAAUCAAUUUCAAGAAUCACAACAGAUCUCAAAUAACGAUAAAUACCCUUCUUCGGGCACUCUGUUUCGCAAGCUCUCUACUCGUUCUAUUGGAUCGUUGCGUGUUCCUGUUGCACGCAAGAAUUCAACUAGUAGUUUUAUGACUACAUCCGGAUUAGGUCUUUAUGAUAGAAAACCUGCUUCUGAGAUUUUUCAAGGACAAUCUGAUCCUCCAUCGUUAGAUCCUUCUCGAGCAUCAACUAGCAUGACUCUUCCAAAGGUUGUUAAAUAUACUACACUCAAUGAGUUUUCUACUAAGCCUACAACAUCUUCGCUUAGUUUAAAUGGGCCCAAUGUGCUCAGCAAGGCGACAGAAAAUCCUGAAGCCCAAGUGUCACCAACUAAGCCAUCGACUUCUAGUUUUUCUUUCAAUUCCACCAUGCCUUCUCCAAUUCGACCAGCCAACUGGCCUUCUCAAAUCCCUCCCCAUUCGAGUAUUAAUGCUAGUCUAAAUACUCCUAAAAGGAUUGAUGUUGAAAGUGGAGGUGAGAGUCCUUUUAAUAAUACCAAAAUGAGAUCCAAAUCAACAGUUUCCAAACAAUGGAACAGUUUAGGCCUUUCAGGUUCUGCAGCUAAAAGGCUUUUAUUUUUACCCUUUUCUACAGAUCUUCGAAAAAAUACCAAUACGCCUGAAAGCCGAAGAGAAUCACCAUUUUCAUGGAAGCGUGAAACGUCUUCUAAUGACCAUCAUUACCAUAAGCUUAUAACACCGAGCUCACACCCUGACGAUAUUGAUAAAGAUGUUUCAAUAGUAAUGACACCAUUAUUACAGCAGCAACUUCAAGCGCAAGCUCAAGCUAAGGCACUUGCUCAAGCCCAACAAGCUCAACGAAAGCUGCGAGAACAAGAGCUUCGAAAAGAAGUGGAAGCAAUCAUGCGCACUCUGGUUCAUUCUGUUCCUGAUGAUGAAAAAGUUUUGAAACGUUAUGAAGAAUCGAAAAAGGCUGGAAAUUUGAUUUCAACAGCUUUGACUCCAUCCAUUGCUGCCCGUACCUAUAGGCUCAAUAUCUAUGAAAAAGGAGAGAUUUUAGAUUUUAGAAAUGUUUAUUUUACUGGUAGACCUGAUGCCAAAAAAAUCAGUGGAGACAUUCGACACGCAGUCAAUAAUUAUGGAUUUGACGAUAAAAAUGGUGAUUAUUUUGUUGUGCCUGGUGAUCACAUUGCAUAUCGUUAUGAGAUUCUGAGUGUGCUUGGUAAAGGUAGUUUUGGAAAAGUCCUAAAAUGCAUUGAUCACAAAAAUGGUAAACUAGUAGCUGUUAAGAUGAUCAUUAAUCGAAAACAGUUUCAUUUACAGGCUUUGGUUGAGGCAGACAUUCUUCGGACAUUGACUCAAUGGGACCCUUCUGAUAAAUAUCAUUUGAUAAGAUACACAAAUCAUUUUAACUUUCGUGAACAUCUGUGUAUCUGCACUGAAUUACUCGGAAUAAAUCUUUAUGAGCUUAUUAAGAUUAAUAAGUUUAAAGGACUUCCAUUAAAACUUGUGCGUCACUUAACCCAGCAAAUUCUUGAAUGCUUGCAAUUUUUGGAUAGCAAGGAGAUUAUUCAUUGUGAUCUCAAGCCAGAAAAUAUUUUGCUUGAAGACCCCGCCAAAGGGAAAAUAAAGAUCAUUGAUUUCGGAUCAUCUUGUUACGAAUCGGAAAAAGUUUACACAUAUAUUCAGUCAAGAUUUUACCGAUCUCCGGAAGUCAUAUUGGGAAUGGUUUAUAAUCGAAAGAUUGAUAUUUGGAGUAUGGGUUGCAUUGUUGCCGAAUUGGUUACAGGACAACCAUUAUUUAUGGGAGAAAAUGAACAGGAACAGAUCAAUUGCAUAAUGGAAGUCAUGGGAGUCCCUGAAUUGGAUAUGAUUAAUCAAUGCAGCCGAAGACGUUUAUUUUUUGAUUCCACUGGUGCUCCUAGGCAGCAUGUGUCUUCCCGUAAUGUGAAGAGAUUUCCAGGUACUAAAAGCUUAAAGCGACAACUUCGUACUUAUGAUGAUAAACUAGUGGACUUUGUGCGACAAAGUUUAACUUGGAACCCUAAAAACAGACUGAGCCCAGAAAGUGGUCUUCAACAUGAUUUUAUUUCAAGUGCGCUUCCAGCAAGUUUAAAUGGACCUCAGUCUAUUUCACCCUCUGCAACUCGAAAUGAGGCUCGAAGAUCUACAGCAUCGAUUCUUUCUGUGUCAAAUUUGCCCGUGAUUGAACCUUCAAUCGAUCAACCUCAGUUUCAACACCUUGAAACACAAAAUAAGAUGCCGCAACAUGUCCCCCAAACCUCUACAUCCUACGUUCCUAUGAAGGUUCCUGCCCAGCAUCAAUUGGAAUCGCAAUCUAGUUUCCGUCAUAACUCGCAAGUAUCUCAGUCUUCAUCUGUAGGAUCACUUAAAUCGCUAAUUGGAGCAUCGAAUAAUCAGAAAGUUAUUCGAAAGAUUCCUGCGAGUACUCGGAUAGAUACAAAUGAUGGGGGAGCUACACAGGCUAAUGUUCCAGUUUUAUCAUCAUCUGGAAGGCCGCUCCCUAGAGUUCCAAAAGGACCCAAUGGAAACCAGGACACAGGACAGCAACGUACCAAACAACAUUCCAGUAUUUAUGUUCAUGGGGGUGGUGCUCAUAGCACCGCACAUAUCUAUGACCAUCCGGUAGGUCCACGUCCUCCUGUCAAAGGCUUUGGAGAUUCUCAGUCUCAAAUUCAACCACAAAGAAGAAUUGUUUCUGGGGGAUCUCAAAUUUCAAAGCAUGUACGCAAAAGCUCAGUUACUUCUACAACUUCGAAUGGAAGCACCGGAAGUGCUAGUAGUACCAACAAGAUCAAGCAUACUUUGGGGAAUUUUGUGACGGUACGGAAGCCUUCUAUCCCACGAUCAUUUACUAUGGCGUCUUUAUCUUCAGAAACAGCAUCUAAGGGUAACAAUGUUGAAGGGCCUGGUAACUCCGGGAAUCACAUUGCUUCAUCUGGUUUACGAUUAAAGCCAGCAGGGGGACAUAGAGUAGUCAGCUCUAGCAGCUUGAAAGAUGAACGGUCCCAAAAGUCUACUGUGAGAGUUCUACCUCACUCCUCGUCGGUUUCACAUAACCUUCAUCAGCGACAACACAUUCAACAACAACAGCAACAACAACAGCAACAGCAACAACAACAACAACAACCACCAAGGUGGCGUUAA